AUGAGCGCGUCACCUGCCAAUGGCCCCAAUGGCCAAGGCCCAACACCACCUCAAGGGAAAGCACCGGUUCCCCGGCGCCGACCGGCCAAGGCAAACCCCUUCCGCCCGGUGCAGAAACCACAUGCUCGCCCCGCAGCUGUUCACGCUCCAGGAACUCCGCUGCCUGCCAGCUCUAAAGGCGUCCCCCCCAAGCCUCCUGUCCCGAAGCCUCUAGGAAAUUCCCAAAGUCAGCAGAACUUCGAGGAGGAUCGUCAGAAGUAUGGUGGCUGGUCGUUUCCUAUGAGGGAAGGCAUGGGCGAAUUCGAUUUGGUCUUGACCAAGAAGAACACCAAAGAUGGCCUACGAUCUCACGUCAUGAGACUUAUCCCACCCCGGAAAUCCGAGAACGGCAUUGAUCCUUCGGAUCAGAAUGAAUUCACGCGCCCCGUUUUGUUGCACCGUCGUGAUCCCAGACAACCUCCGCCUGGCCGCGUACUUAAGGAGCCCACGCCCAUUGAGGAGGAGACACCAGAGCAAAUUGCAGAACGAGAGAGACUGGCACAGAUCAAGGCCGAUAGAGAUGCGCAGCGUGCCUUGGAUGAUGCUCAGAAAGCUCCAUCUGGCGGUCCAGCCAAGAAGCAGCCCAAGCAGAAGGACAAACCGCAGGGUACCAAGGUCAACCACGGGCCGCGAACGGAGGCUGCCAAGAAGGAGUUUGACAUAAGGUACGAGGAAGCUUUACCAUGGCACCUCGAAGAUGCCGACGGUCGAAAUGUUUGGGUUGGCCAGUAUGAGCGACCUCUGUCGGAGACCAAGGCGGCCAUCGUUUACAAGGAUAACAAGUUCAUGAUCACGCCACUUGGGAAAUGGUACAAGUUCACAUCCAAGCGAUCGUCAGUCAAUGCCAUGACUAUUGAAGAGGUCGAGGCAAUCAUGAAGAAGAAAGCACCCGUUGGACGCUGGGCUGUGAGAGACCAGCAGCGUGAAGCUGCCGAGAAGGCCAUCAACGAGUCCCGAGGUGCGGGCAUGGUGAAGCAGGAGAGCCACACCUAUAAACAGUCUAGCCGGAAGGAAAAGGAAGAUCACGAUGAUAUUGACAUGUCAGGUGACGAGUUCCAAGACGAUGACGAAACCGCCGGAUUCGAGCCUGAGAAAGAUGAAGAUAGCAAGGACUCCAAAGACAAGGUUCGAAGAGAUCAGCUUGGUGCUAACCUCUUUGGUGCUGCCGAUGAGAAGGCCGUGGAGAGUGAGGAAGCUGUGCGACGUCGUGAGGAGCUUGAGAGGAAGCUGUUCGGAAAGAAGAUGAAGAAGGCUCUCAAGAAGCGGGACAAGCAAUUUCAAUAUGAUUCGGAUGACUCUGAGAGGGAGCGGGAUCCUUUUGCUUCUUCCAGCGAUGAAUCUGAAAGUGAUUCAGACGAGGAAAAAGUCAAGAAAGAAGAAGACAAGGACAGCAAGGAUAAGGAUAAGGAUAAGGACGGAAAGGACAAGAAUGCCAGUGCUUCUAAGGGAAAUGGCACUCCUCAAGGCAAGAAGAACCUCGCAGAUGCCUCUAAGAAGGGCAAGUCACUCAAACGACCCGGUUCGCCCAUGGUCUCGGACUCCAGUGGCAAUGAGUCUUCGCGUAAAAACAAAAAGAAGAAGACAGGUCCGGCAAAUGCCUCCUUGAUGGGAAGCCGCAGUUCAACCCCCAUCCCUCGACGGCCCGGCCCACCCGGAUCAGCCAGUGACGCAGAAGCCACUGGAGGUGAGAUGUCAGAUGGCGUUGGUGGUAAGAUCAAGAAGAAGAAGAUUGGCAGUAACCUGGCCACUGGCACUGGUGCUCGCGGCACCCCUGUUGGCAGCCGAGCUGGCAGUCCUGCUCCAUCCAACUCCCAACCCACAGCGCCGUUGACGGCCCAGGAGAUCAUUGAUGCCCUUCCCGAGAAUCCCGAAGAUGGCGUCACUAUCAGUGAGCUGCUCAGGUCUUUCAAUAGCCGAAUUGGCGAGGGACCAAACAAGUCAACCAAGGCCGAUUUUAUUCAAUUGGUCAAGAUUCAUGGAAACUAUAAGAAGGACACCAAGACCCUUUCCCGAAAGCAGAAGCAGAAGGCAACUUAG